AUGGCGACUCAGAUACCUGCCUGUUGUGAAGAGGUACGUCAGAAAACCGUUCUGCUGUUUGAAAUCUACAUUGCAGGAAGAGAAGAUGAGAAGAACCGCAGCGAUAUUAUCCGCCUUUCUCCAUCAGGCCCUUCCUUUUCGUCCAACGUUCGUUUAAACUCCCAUCGGACCCCAGGUUGUCGCUUUAUAGCUGCCCAAAGCUACCCGGAAUGGCCCCAGGAGCUAUGGGUUGCAGAAGAUAUCAAGGAUCGGGUAAAGGACCUUCAAAAGGCCGAACUUGACAUGUAUCCUCGAGGGCCCGAGCAUACAGCACCUCCUAUCCCAAAACUUGAUCGGUUGUGUCAAACCGUCAAAAAAGGCGAGACGAAGAAGGACAUGGGGAAGUAUUCAUACCAAGGACGGAUCGAAUCAGUCCGCACGGCUGGCCGCCUGCUAUUCUUUGUCGACAUGGUCCGCAACGACCUGAAGCUGCAAGUUCUUGUCAACCAUGCGCAAAUACAUAAAUCUAUCACGCAGGACGAGUUCAUCUCGAGGCGUAAACUGUUACGCCGUGGAGACGUCAUAACCGUAACGGGCUAUCCGCACCGUACGGAAGCAGGUCAACUGUCUUUGAGUGCAAUAGAGCUUCCCUGCAUUCUGUCACCUUGUCUCCAUCAGUUUCCGGUGCAGAGACCGGCUGGGGGGUUUGGCCCAGAAAGCCAGUCGACAUUUCUCGACAAGCAUGUUGAAAUGUUAGCGAACCGGGAAGCCACACAACUAAUUCGACGGCGAUCCGAUGUUGUGCAUGGAAUGCGCACUUUUCUCCGUGCUCGGGGUUACUCUGAAGUUCAGACACCCAUCCUCUCCUCCAGAGCUGGUGGAGCCAUCGCACGUUCCUUCGAAACAUUUGCCACUGAGUUCUCGGAGAGAAAAUUGUCCCUGCGGGUCGCCCCAGAGCUGUGGCUCAAGAGACUUAUACUGGGCGGUAUGGAUAGAAUAUUCGAAAUUGGCCAAUGCUUCCGAAACGAAGGCCUUGACAAAACACACAAUCCAGAAUUUACAACUUGUGAAUUCUAUAGUGCCUAUGCCUCUAUCCAGACUCUAUGUGAUAUCACGGAAAAGAUGCUUAACCUUAUCGUGAGGAACAUCGAGGGUGCCCCACAGAAGGAAGACGAGUCCAAUCGACAUCCAAGCAUAAAAAUGCCUCCACUUGCACUCAAGGCCGAUUUCUUCAAAGGACCAUAUCCACAAAUUGACUUCCUCCUUGGAUUGAACGAAGCUCUUGGUCUAAAGCUUCCAGAUCUGUGUGCUGAGCAUGCUACAGCGGAGGUCAUUAAUAUUUUCAAAGAAAUGAAGAUCGAGCUACCAGCUUACCCCACGCUUCCACGUCUCCUAGAUAAACUAUCUACAACAUACCUAGAGCCACAAUGCCACAAACCAACCUGGAUUAUUAACCAUCCCGAAUGUCUUUCGCCACUGAGUAAAUCUUUUCCUCAUCCUUCCCCAGACAUUGAUCAGCCAGUGGCGGCUCGAGCUGAGCUUUUUAUCCACGGUCGUGAGAUUGUCAAUUGUUACGAAGAGGAAAACUCACCAUUUGAACAGAGACGAAAAUUCAUGAUGCAACAGAGAUAUGCAAAUGCUGGCAAUGAUGGAAGACAAGACAACGAAGCUAUGGAAGUAGAUGAAGACUAUCUUCAAGCAUUGGAGUGGGGUCUUCCCCCAACGGGUGGAUGGGGAUGUGGCAUUGAUCGUCUGGUCAUGUUGUUGACAGGAAAGCAGCGAAUCAAUGAUGUACUAACCUUCGGUAAUCUGAGGUCGGUCACAAGAAUACCUGAGGCACGAAAGAUCGUAAAGGUAGAGGCAUCAUUUACAGCCCCUCCUAAGCCAGAUACCAAUAAAAUUGUCUAUUCCGAUCCUAGAAGGGAAGUACAACCCGACCACGUCCGGAAAGACACAUCUCUCGACACAGAUCCAACACACAGUGGGCCUCAGCUUGAUGCUCCUGAGGAAGCGUUUCUCAAGAUCAAACAAAAACUGAUAUCGGAGAAUAGCAGUCGUGCAAGGGCCUACCAAGCUACACACGUGAGCUCAAGCGCUGAACAGAAACGAUCGGCUGGAAUAAGAGGCUUUGAUGCGAGAGAGUGGCUCCUGAAAAAAUGA